CACACUUCAGCUUCACAGCACUGACAAGGCUGAGUUAGUGCUUUUGAAUAUUACAUAACAUCACAUUGUCAUUUGUAUUCAGUCGGGACUCCUAAAAAGGCAACAUAAUGAAGAAAGAGUAUUCACUAGAGACUAAUGGAGUGAAAGCAAUGUCUUGGCCACACAACGGAGAUAUGUGGACUGUAAAUCCCACAGAAGACUCCAGGAUGGACUACAGUGCUACACCACGUCCGGCUGGAUAUAGAAAAUACUUGCAGAGCCUCCAGACUCUCAAACCCAUCCGCUUUUCUUCACCAGAGGCAAAUGCACAAGACAAUGCCGGCUUUCUAUCCUUUUCAACAUUUGCCUGGAUGACUCCUAUUUUGUGGUCUAUUUUCCGGGGGAAAAUGGACUUUAAUUCACUUCAUAUAUCGCCAUAUGAUGCAUCUGAUUUCAGCACAAACAGACUUAACAGAUUAUGGGAAGAGGAAGUGGCCAGAGUGGGACAAGACAAAGCAUCUUUAACUCGAGUGCUGAUGAGGUUUCAGAAAACCAGGCUCAUCGUGUCCUCUGUUGUCGGAGCUAUUGCAAUGUUGGCUGCAUUUCUAGGGCCAGCUGUAGUGGUUUUUCAGGUCCUUCAGUACAUUAGUGAUCCAGAGUCUCACACAUUAGCCAAAGGAAUAGGUCUGGCUUUGGCGUUGUUCACCACUGAAUUCAGCAAAGCUUUCUUCAUAUCUCUGUUCUGGGCCAUCAACCUGCGCUCAGCUGUCAGACUGAAAGGGGCCUUCUCAGCACUAGCUUUCCAGAAGAUCCUCUCCCUUCGAGUCAACAAUGGCAUUCCUAUGGGAGAGUUGAUUAAUAUUUUGACCAGUGAUGGACACAGGCUUUUUGAAGCUGGCAUAUUUGGGAGCUUUUUAUUGAUGUCCCCUGUCCUGUUUAUUGCAUGUAUUGUGUAUGCCUGUUAUGUGUUGGGCGCUACUGCCCUUGCUGGUGUCUUCAUCUACAUACUCAUCAUACCUUUACAGCUUUUUAUGGGCAAAAUGAUAGAAAAAUUCAGAUUUCCUGCCAUUAAGUCAACCGACAGUCGAGUUCGCAAAAUGAAUGAGAUACUGAAUAGCAUCAAACUAAUCAAGAUGUAUGCCUGGGAAGAAAGCUUUGAGAAAGAAGUUGCAGGUAUCAGGAAGAAAGAAAGGAGAAAUAUUAGAAAUGCUAGUUAUUUUGAGAAUGCCAAUGUCAGCAUCUCUACUCUCAGCCCUCUCAUUGCCACUGUGAUCACAUUUUUGGUGCACACUGCCUUUGGCUUACCCUUGAAUCCUGCUAAUGCAUUUACCACCAUUUCCAUUUUUAAUGCAAUGAGGUUCAGUCUUGCUGUAACACCCAUCACUGUUCGAGCUCUUGCUGUUGCUGCUGUUUCAGUUGGACGCCUCCAGAAAAUACUGCGUCUCAAGGAUCCAGAACCAUAUCUGAUAAGAGGUAAGGACGAAGACUUGGCUGUAGUCCUGGAGAAUGCCACACUCUCUUGGGCCAGACCAGAUGAAGAGACAGAAGACAAGGAGAGACCUUCAGAAUCCCAGCUGGAAGUCAAGCCCACUUUGAAGAACAUCUCUUUCACAUUACCAAAGGGUAAACUUCUUGGAGUUUGUGGGAACGUUGGGAGUGGUAAAUCAUCUCUCAUUGCGGCCAUUUUAGAACAGAUGUACCUUCAGCAGGGGUCAGUUGCAGCCAGUGGGACCUUUGCCUAUGUUGCUCAGCAAGCCUGGAUAUUCCAUGGGACUGUCCAAGAAAACAUCCUGAUGGGUGAACCCUUUGAGCAGCACAAAUAUGAAAAAGUCCUGGAUGUUUGUAGUCUCCAUGCUGACUUGAAGAUUCUCCCGUAUGGGGAUCAAACUGAGAUAGGAGAGAGAGGGCUGAACUUGUCAGGAGGGCAGAAGCAGAGGAUCAGUUUGGCCAGAGCGGUCUAUUCCAACAGAGACAUUGUUCUUCUGGAUGAUCCUCUGUCAGCUGUUGAUGCCCAUGUGGGGAAACACAUCUUUGAAGAAUGCAUCAAGAAGGAGCUCCAUGGAAAGUCUGUCAUACUGAUUACACACCAACUACAGUAUCUGGAGUUUUGUGAUAGCAUUUUGCUGCUGGAAGAUGGAGAGAUAGUUGAAAGUGGGCAUCACCAGGAGCUGAUGGGAUUUAACAAGCGCUACGCUCAGCUCAUUAGCAGCUACCAAAUGCAGCAGUCCCAAGCCCAGAAAGAUGAAGAUGAGAUACCCAUUCAGGACAGAGUCCAGGAAGAUACCAUUCAAAGAGCCGGAGCAGAAAGUGGAAUAGAUAACCCAGCCUUCGAUAUGUCAGAUGAAAAUGUGGGGUCAGUUCCCCCAAAACCUCCUGUAGACAAAGACCAGCUAGUUAAACAGGAAACUGAAGGCACCAUGAAAUGGAGAAUCUACUACAGUUAUGCAAAGGCAGCAGGAGGAUUGUGUGUUGUAUUUCUGAUAUCCGCGAUCUUUGUCUUGCAAGUCGGAUCCACAGCCUUUGGUAACUGGUGGCUCAGUUACUGGCUUGAACAGGGUAAUGGGUCCAGUAACGCCACUUCAAACUCUGGUAACAUCACCGACAACCCUCAGCUUCACUUUUACCAAAUGAUUUUUGGCUUAAUCAUUGUUGUCAUGCUCGCACUAGCGCUUUUAAAGUGCUUUGUCUACACAAGCAUAACAGUGAAUGCUGCCUGCAACUAUCAUGACAAAAUGUUCAGAAAUGUCCUGUCUUAUCCCAUGAGUUUCUUUGACACAACACCAACUGGCCGUAUUCUGAACCGCUUUGCUAAAGACCUAGAAGAAGUGGACUCAAUGCUUCCAGCGAAUAUUGACCCUUUUAUUCAAUACUCUCUUUUAGUCACCUUUACCCUCAUUGUUGUUGCGUCCAUCUUUCCACUGAUGCUCUUGGGUGUGCUGUUUUUUGGAGUCUUGUUUGCAGUCAUCCUCUUUAUAUUCCGAGGAAGUAUUCGACAAAUGAAGCAAAUAGAGAACAUAAGUCGCUCACCCUGUAUUUCAUUGACUACUUCAGCACUGCAAGGCCUGAGCACAAUCCAUGCCUACAACCUUAAAGACAGCCAGUUAGAAAUGUUUAAGGUGCUUACAGACGUGAACUCAAACAACAUUUUUCUGUUUAAUUCUGCAUCGAGAUGGCUGUCAUUCUGUCUGGAUUUUUUUGCUACCUCCAUGAGCUUUUUAGUAUCAUUGUUUGUUAUUUUCAGCAGUAAUGACCUUAUACCAUCAUCUCUGAAAGGACUGGCCAUGUCAUACACUAUACAGCUAACAGGAAUGCUUCAGUAUGUUGUGAGACAGUCGACAGAGGUGGAUUCAAGGUUCACCUCAGUGGAGCGUCUUCAAGAAUACAUUAAAGGUGGUACAUCUGAGUCUCCCAGACGAGUGCAAAAUGCUCAAAUUCCUCCAAACUGGCCAAUGAAUGGGACCAUCACUUUCCAGAACUAUAAGAUGAGAUACAGAGAAAACACACCAGUUGUCCUAAAUGGGUUGAACGUGUCCAUCAAAGGUGGAGAGAAGCUUGGGAUUGUGGGAAGAACAGGGUCAGGAAAGUCAUCUUUGGUCGUAGCUCUGUUCCGUCUGGUGGAGCCCACAGAAGGAUCCAUACUGAUAGAUGGAGUGGACAUAACCGCCAUUGGUCUACACGAUCUGCGCUGUAAACUCUCUGUUAUCCCUCAAGAGCCUGUUCUCUUUAUUGGCACCGUCAGAUAUAACAUGGACCCUUUUGACAGUUACAGUGAUGAUGAAAUCUGGACAGCGCUGGAGAAAACCUACAUGAAGGAUGUUAUCUCACAACUUGAAGGGAAGUUACUUGCUCCAGUUUUGGAAAAUGGAGAGAACUUCUCAGUAGGAGAAAGACAACUGCUGUGUAUGGCUCGAGCUCUACUGCGCAAUUCAAAGAUUAUUCUGUUGGAUGAGGCAACAGCAUCCAUUGAUGCGGAGACAGAUGCUCUCAUCCAGAAUACAAUCAAAGAAGCCUUCAAGGACUGCACUGUGUUGACCAUUGCACACCGCAUCAACACCAUUCUGACAUCUGAUCGUAUCCUGGUCAUGGACCAGGGACAGGUGGCAGAACUGGACACACCAGACGUGUUACAGCAGAGGCCAGACUCCAUCUUCUCUUCUCUAGUGGAGGCUGCUAAUGCUUCCAGUAGCUGAGGACCACCAAUACACAUUUACAGUUUGAUCAGUUGUGAUACUUUUGCCUAAUUAACUGUUAACAUUUGUGCUUUUAUGUUUACAAUGGCUUUUCUGCAUCUGUGUACUGUAUGCAGUUUGUUUUUAUUUUUGUGAAAAAAACCCAAACUCUCAAACUAAUGAACUAUUUAAAAUUAACUAUUUAUAGAAUUUUUGUAACGUUUUUAAAACUGUUUUGCUUAAGGUCUUACUUUGAUUCUCUGAAUAAAUAUAAAAUGUUUUAUAC